AUGUCAUACGAAAAGAUGCAAAGCAAUAUGGAUACCGAGUACUCAUCGAGUACAACAGACAAUUCGACCACCGAACAUUUAUCGGGAUUAUUAAUCCAACCGGAUAAACGCCACACUGCUCGUAGCUUAUCAACACAUGAAGAUGAUCAACUAAAAAAACGUAGUCCAACACUUUUCGAAAAAGCGAAGGAAGUAUUCAAUACCAUUACAUCAUCUCCUAGACAUCACGAUGAGCCUCAUACACGUAGACGAUCUAAAACAAUAUCAUCACAUUCAGGUAAACACAAUGCCGCACGUGGACGAUCCGAAACAACAACAUCACAUUCGCACAAGACUAGUAGUUCACACGAACGACACCCAAUUGAUCAACGUCUCAACAAUAGUGUCCGACCAAGAUCACAAACAACUGACUCAGUGACAUUUGGUAAAAAAACCAUCUCAGAUACUGAUGCUCAAGCACAACAACUACCAUCUAUAUUCCAAUUCAUGUUUGGUCGUUGA